CUCCUGUUAUUCAGUCCUAUCUCUGCAGCUGUAGUUCUUCACUUCCUGGACACCUCAGCUCCUCCACUCUGUGUUUUCAUCACGGUGCUGCAGGUUCGUGCUCCCCGGGCUCCUCUAACCUCAGCUCCGGCUUCAUAUCCGUCUGACAGCCGCGGCUGUCUCCCGCCUCAACACGGACAACGAUCCGGAUCUCCGGCUGGGUCUCAAACUGUGAGCCGGGGGAGCUAGCUGGGAGGCUAGCGGAGUGUUAGCCGAGCAGUAGCGGGGUGAAGGCUCGGUCCAGACGGCGGGCAGAGGGAGCGCAGCAUGGCCGGAGGAAAGCACAUCCAGGCGGCGGAGGAGAGGGCAGCGAGCCGGGGUCAGAGCGAAGCAAACAGGAAGUUGAAGUACAUCAGUCUGGCGGUGCUGGUCGUCCAGAAUGCAUCGCUCAUCCUCAGCAUCCGCUACGUCCGCACGUUGCCGGGCGACCGCUUCUUCGCAACGUCAGCCGUCGUCAUGGCGGAGGUCCUGAAGGUCCUGACGUGUCUGCUUAUCAUCCUGCUGCAGAAGAGAUUCAAUGUGAAGGAGACGGUGUUGUUCCUGGUGGACUCCAUCUUGUUCCAGUACAAAGACACUCUGAAACUAGCCGUCCCGUCACUCAUCUACACUCUGCAGAACAACCUGCAGUACGUGGCCAUCUCCAACCUGCCAGCUGCCACCUUCCAGGUGACGUACCAGCUGAAGAUCCUCACCACAGCUCUGUUCAGUGUGUUGAUGCUGAGGAAGUCUCUGUCCAGAGUUCAGUGGGUUUCUCUGCUGCUGCUGUUCGCUGGAGUCGCCAUCGUACAGGUGCAGCAGGAGGGGAAGAAGGAGGCGUCGGUGUCGGGCAGCUCCAACCAGAACUACACGGUUGGUUUGGUUGCCGUGGUGAUCAGCUGCCUGUCGUCAGGGUUCGCCGGUGUUUACUUUGAGAAGAUCCUGAAGGGGAGCUCAGCGUCCGUCUGGAUGAGGAACGUGCAGCUGGGGAUCUUCGGCAUGGCGCUCGGCAUGUUGGGACUGUGGUGGAAUGACGGCGCCGCCAUCGCCGAGCAUGGCUUCCUGUUCGGCUACACCGGCAUGGUGUGGUGCGUGAUCUUCAACCAGGCGUUCGGCGGGCUGCUGGUGGCCGUGGUGGUGAAGUACGCCGACAACAUCCUGAAGGGCUUCGCCACCUCCUUCUCCAUCAUCGUCUCCACGGUGCUGUCCGUCUACCUGUUCGGCUUCCACGUGGACCUGCUCUUCACGGCGGGGGCGGGGCUCGUCAUAGGCGCCGUCUACAUGUACAGCCUCCCCAAAGCGUCCGGCGGAUCUUCGUCCCCGAGCUCCUCCUCGUCUUCCUCGGCGUCUUCUGCGUCACCGAGAACGAAUGGAGGCGCCGAGAUGGAAAUGGAGGAGUUUCUGCCAAAAGCUCAGGGAGGCGUCGCGUCUCCUCCUCCUGCCGUCCACUUCACAGACUAACUGCUCAAAGCACAACAGGAGGAGGAGGAGGAGGAAAGAGGAGGAAGAGCCCUGACCACCUGUCUGUCUGUCUGUUUCCUGUCUCGCCCUCUCUGCCUUAAAACUCUUAACUUUACUAACUGAGUGAAAAGAGGAAAAGCCUUAUUGAUUAUUGAUCAUAUAUUGAUUAUUGUUGCUGGAGGAGAAUCUGCAGAUCGAUCAGAUACUGAUCAGAUGAAUGUUUUCACUGUGCAGCCGUCGGCGGGUUCAUCAGCUCACUGAAAUGUUUCUGCGCCUGGCUGCAUCACAUAUUUAUCACCUUUGUAUAAAGACUGUAAUUAAUUAUUAUUUUCAUUAUCAAUCAUCUUUAUUAUUUUUGAUAAAUAAAUAAUUUAAAAAGUCACAGAACUGUAAAAAAUAUCUCAGAGUCCAAAGUGACGUUUUCAAAUGUUUUGUUUUGUCUGACCAACAGUCCAAAACUUAAUUACUCAGUUUAUUGAGACAUAAAAAAACUGACACGUUUAAGAUUCUUAAAUAACUUAAAUGAUUUCUUUGUUGCUGGAACAAUCAAAUUUACUAUUUAAUGUAGGACGUUAAAAGAUUUCACAGUUUUUUGUGUCAUAACAGGAGUGAUUUAUAUUAUAUUGAUUUAUAUUUAUGGAGUUCCUGUUUUUCAGCUUCAGAAAUCAUUUCAUCCUCUGAGUUCCAAGUUUUACUUUAGUGUCAUACACAUGAAAAAUAAUAAUAACUUUAUUUGUAUAGCUCAGUUCAUACAGCGAGUGCAACUCAAAGUGCUUUACACAAUAAAAUGAGAAAAUACAGAUUAAAGACAGAAUGAGAGAGUAAAUAAGAUUCAAAGAUACAAUCACACAUCAACAAAAAAAGCGCAUUAGGUUUGAUACUGAUGAGUUCAAUAAAAGCUUCAUAAAUGCAUCUUCCUGGAUCUGUCGGCCCUUUCAAACUAUAUUUAUGUAAGAAACAAAUCAAAGACAACAACAACAACAACAACAACAACAAUAAUAAUAAAUGCUACAGUAAUAAAUCACUGAGUUAUUUUAAACAGAAUAAAUCCUCAAACAUCUUCCUCUCUCGUCAUGAAGUCCAAACAGCUUCAGUCUGUUUCCAGCAGACCACCGAGCACUGCGACCCUGUGUACUAACUAUUAACUACUAAUGUCCACAAAAAAGGAGACAGAAUUUCCCAAAAAGUCGAGACAAGUUAAGAAGCCUUUAACAGAGACGACACUGAGCUUCAUCCUCUGAGGCUGAAACGUGAAGCCCAAACCUGCAGUUCCUCUAAUGUCCACUGGAGGCUGGCUCCAACAGUGAGUCAGUCCCCACAGACGUCCAUGUUCACGUGUAGAAAUAAACAUGUUUACAGCCUGGUACAAAAACAGUUUUGGUCUCUGGAGAUAAUUUCCCACUUUGUGAUAAUUGUACGGGAGCGAGAUCAGAUCCACAGCUCCGCCCUCUCGCCCAAAUAUGGUAAUGCUGAACCAGAGGCUUUAAAAUGAGAGUUAACAAACCAGUGGGUGACGUCACAGUAGCUACGUCCAACCAAAAACCAACAUUUUUGACCCCAAAGAACGGUCGAUAAAUGUCGUGUUUUAUCAUGUAGCCGUUAUUAAAAAAGGCUUUUUAACUUUCAUAGCUGCACUGUUCGGGAAAUUCAUUCACAUUUUGUGGAUAUUAAGUGAAUUAAUUCAGGGACUGUUCUUUAUUAAUCGGAGGACGGGUGCGGCUGGGGUGUGAGGGUUUUUUGUUUGUUUGUUUUUUGACCUUUGAACCUUGAAUAUUUCUCCUUGACCCUCCCUGAGUGAUGGGAGGGAAAUCCAUGACCCUCCUCCAUAAAUGAGUUAUUAGAUUUCUAAAACGUCGAUCGAAUUUGUUCAGAUUUGGUUAUUUUUUUUGUUUUUGUUUGUUUUCAGAUGGAAGCGUCCGUCACACAUGAUGUGGCCAAGGACCGUCGGAAAUUUGAAUAUCUAACCAUAAUUUCUGUUUUUACAGUUUCUGGCUGAUGACAAAAUCUGGACGGCAUGUUUUCUUUAAAAAUCAGCGGUAAAAUAUUUACAAAAUACAGCCGUUUAAAUUUGUAUGCCCCGCCCCUAAGCCCUUUUUGAACCAAACACCGCCCCCCCCCUCCCCCUCAUAAAUAAGGAACAGUCCCUAAGAUAUUUUGCCACCUGAUAGUCACAGGACACAGUGACUGUAGAUUUGUGAUUUUAGCAUCAGUUCAAAACCUUAAAGAUUGUUAAAGUUCAGAGAGUGAUCAGCUGACCUGUGAGAGUGCGUCUGUGUCAGUGCUCGGUGUCAUAAGUAACUCAGCACCAGGCCGCAUCAAAACGUCUCCCGUCAAACGAUGAUCGAUCCUCUCGCUUCCCAAAUCUACAACAAAAGACAGUUUGUGUGGUUUUGCUGGCGGCCAAUCACAGCAAGCGUUCUUGGAUUUAAUGUGAUGUGUGACGGGCCCACUGCAGCAGCAGCAGCUACAACACCCACAGUCUGUGAGAUGGUGACGUCGUGUGUUUAACGGCAGUUUAGCACCGAGAGGCCACCAAACAUUCAGAGGUGUGGCUGUGUGACACAGCUGUGGCGUCUCGUGGCUUUUUACACACUUUUUUUUUUUUUUUUUUUUUUUGAGAUUACGAGGUGGAAUUAUGACAUCGUUAUUAUUGAUCAAUGUGUUUAUUCUCAUUUGGUGUUGAUCAUUAUUGAUGACAUCAGUGAACCAUUUCAGCUGAUCGAUCAGACCGAACGAAUCGUUAGAAGAGUCACUUUUGGACUAAACGUGGGCUUUACGGUGUUUUUGACAUUUCAUAGGAUCAAUGAUAGAAAAAUAAUCUUUAUAAUAAUCAGUAUCAAUAAUGUAAUCAAAACAUAUCAUUAGCUGGAUUUAUCUGACAGAGUUUCAGCUCUUUAUCAGCUGAUGACAUCAUCUUUUACACAGAAUGUUUUUAUUUUUUAAAUUGAUAAUGAUUGAUUAUUGUUGGCGUGGAGCUGCUCAGUGAAAACAUGUCACAGGUCAAACUUGGCUUCCUGUCGGCGUCCACGUUGAGACGUUUGUGUUCGGUGCCUUUCCUUCUCAUCUGUACAGAAGCCAUAGGAUUAUGUCGGUGUGACGUGUACAGUCGGUUCACACACAACAGCUGGAACUCUAAAGUCUUCACACAGGAGGGGCGGCGGCCUCAUCACGCAGAGACACUGACCUCAGAUCAGCCGCAGCUGUGACGGGACUGUGCUCGCUGAGCCGAGCAGCUUUUUAACAAUGAAUGAAUCAUAAUGACUGUAAUGUUUGUCCUUCCGCGGGCGUCUUGUUGAAGAAGACGUCCUGCGCAGGCGUCCUGAAUGUUUUUCUGUCGGUACGACGGGCGAGUUAGUCGGUCAGAGACGAGUCGUGUUCGUCCGUCGAGCUGCUUCCUGUUGUUUACGUUGUUGAUUGACAUUGGGAGGAAAGUUUGAGUUGUUUUUGUCUCCAUGUCGCUGCCGGAGGUGACGAACACCUGAGCCCCAGAGUCUGGUUAUAAUCCAACACGUUAAAGUGACGAACCGCCUGAAUCCUCCAGGUCGACACCGAGACACGAGUCUUAAACAUUCAGUUGAAGGCAGCACAUAUAUAAUUACCUGAUCUCCCGCAGGCCCCGACUUAUUGUCUUCACCCUCGAGUGUUUUCUCAGUUUAUUGAUGAAGAGUUUCGUCAAUAAAAAAGCAGAAAAUCAUGAAAUUUGCAGUUGUUGAUGGUCCGAGGUGACGUCCUCACAUGUCCUGUUGUAUCGACCCACCUUCGGAAAGCCCCAAAUAUUCAGUUUUCUGAGAAAUAAAACCAAAAGCAGAAGAUCAGAGCAGCAGGAACCAGAAAGUGUCCGACAUUUAUGUUUGGAGAAAAGAGAAUAGUUUCAGAUUAUUUUCUGACUAAUCGACGUGCUGCAGCUUCAGGCCUCUCGAUGAUGUGAGUCAGUCCAGUUUUAAGCAGCUAGUGUCUGUUAACUUUCUGUGGGACUCACAAACAAAAUGAUUUCUUUAAUAUUGAAGUUUAUUUAGUGACGUUAACUCACUGUUUGCUCAGAUAUUAAGUAAAUAUGAAAAGUUAUUGAAACCCACAUUCGAAACCGACACAAAAAACCCUGAAGUUUCUCUUUAGGAACUUUUUAUUUUAGUUUAAAUUGCAAUACUUUGCUGUAUUGACUUUUUUUUGACAACUGAUCAGAGUCUGCAGGCAACAACAGAACACCAGAGAGGACGACGUUAGUUUCUCAGUGACCAUAAAAACAUUACUGUGGGAUCUCAAGCACGAACACACGCGGAAGACUAAAUGAACCUGACCGGUGCUUUGUCACUGGACCUCUGUGCUUCUCAUAAAGAAAGAGAAGAAGAUAUACUUUAUUAAUCUCCGAGGGAAAAUUAAAUUUUUGCUUACAUUAUAUAGAGAGAUGUCAGAGUGAGGGGGCUGCCUUGGACAGGCGGCCCAAGCAGUUAGGGCUUCAUUGCCUUGCUCAAGGGCACCUCGGCAGUGCCCAGGAGGUGAACUCACCAGCUACCAGUCCAUGCUCUAUAUGUGGUCCGUACAGGGACUUGAACUGACGACUUUCUGGUUCCCAACCAAAGUCCCUAUGGACUGAGUUACUGCUACCUGAUGGACUGGCUGUUAUGAACACCAUGUGUGAGCGUGGGGUGGUUCAUGGGUUUGGACCAAAAGUAAACUGGUUCAGAACCUGAAAAGUUGAUUUCUAACUGGAACCAAAGAAUUGCAGGUUUUCCUCGACCUGAAGUGCGAAUAAUAACGACAUCAGUGGCGUGUCACAUUGUGCAGGUUGGAAACAGACGACGGAGAAGUUGAGUGAAAAAACAGAGGAGUGCAGCGGUCUCAUUAAUAUUCGGUCUAUGCUCCUUCUUUUGGGUAAAAACAAAUAAUGUUUGUUCUGGGGUGGUUUGUAGCCGAGUGUGAAGCAGGCGGGAUGAGAGUCUCAGUCUGAGGUCAUGGAUCUCUGAUGGAGAACGGUGGAUUGUUCCCUCUGUGUUGGGAGAGAGUUACUGCCCCAGGCGUAGAGUUCUCUGGGUCUUGUUCACAAGUGAGGGUGAAAUGGAGCGUGAGAUGGACCGGCGAUUUGUUACCGCAGAGAUGUUGGCGAUGGGCCAGACCAUUGUGGUUCAGAGGGAGCUGAGCCAGAAGGCAAAGCUUUCCAUUUCCUGGUCCAUCUGCGUCCCAACCCUCACCUAUGGUCAUGAGCUCUGGGUAGUGACUGAAAGAAUGAGGUCACAGAUACAAGCGUCUGAAAUGAGUUUCCUCUGUAGGGUGUCUGGGCUCAGCCUUAGAGAUAGGGGGAGGAGUCAGACAUCUGGAGGGAGCUCGGAGUAGAGCCGCUGCUCCUUCAUGUUGAGGUGGUUCAACAUCUGAUCAGGAUCCUCCUGGUCCAGCUGGUAGGAGGCCCCGGGGCAGACCCAGAACACACUGGAGGGAUUAUAGAUCUCAUCUGGUCUGGGAACACCUCGGGGUCCUCCAGGAGGAGCUGGAGGAAGGAGCUGAGGAGAGGGACGUCUGGAGCACUUUGCUCGGCCUGCUGCGACCUGAUCAGUAUGAAUGUAUUGUUGGAUGGACUAAACUUUACCAUUAUCAACUCUCAAGAAAUCAGGAUUAAAAUUGAGAUUGUCGUGUUUUCUUUCAGCAACGACAAAUAAUUCCUGCAUGAAAAAGAGAAAAUGAUUCAUCGAUAAUCAGACUUUCUGUAGGAAACUGAUCUCAGGACGGAGAAAUGUUGGAGCUUCGUUGUUCUUCAGCUCCUGCGAACGACAUGGAGACAAAAAACAAAAAUUUAACAACCUCCCAAAGUGCAGAGAAAACUUUAAAUAGUUUUUCUGUUUCUUCUCAUCACAGUUUGAUUUCAUUGGAAGUGAAACGAAGGCAAAAAGAAAACAAAGACAUCAUUUUGUUGUUUUCUGUUUUUGUAAAAACAGUUUUUGUCUUUUGGGAACCCAAAAAUAUAAAUAUUAAUAUAUGAAUUGUUUUUAUUUAAUGUGGGAAUGAAAGGUUGAUCUGUGGGGUUUGAUUUUUUGGGUGGUGGUGAAAGAGGAGGAAGAGGAAACUCUGCAGGUUGUUCCAGCUCUUUGUGACGGCUAAUCAGAGAUGUUUAUCAUGUUGUCGCCAUAACGAGUUCGACAAAAUCACAGUUUGGAGUUGUGGGGUUUGUUUUUUGUUUUGAUCAGAAAUUAAGUUUAGUUUGGUGAAAAUGUGACUUUUUGUUUUUGCUGUUGCACCAAAUUUGAAACUAAAUAUUAAGAUUGAAAAAAUCCUUGAAGCACAGCUGAACUUUGAGUUAAUUUUUUUUAUUUUUUUUAUAAGUUGCACAGAGAUUUUUUUUCUCCAUAAACAAAGUGAAACAAAAAAAUAAGUAAAAACGAGCUUUUUAAAUUUGAGCUAGACUUUAUGAAUUCCAAGUAGUUUUCAUUUUCAGAAAUCAACAUCCGUAAAUCCACUUUGAUCCGUCUGGAGCGCCACCUGCUGGUAGUUUAACAGAAGCCCUGUGGACAGACUGUCUGAAGGAUCCUCCGCAGGAUCUGUUUGUUCCUCAUUGGACGCUGCAGGUGAAGAACCGUCCAAUAGGACCGACAGAAAUCUCACAGGACGUGUUAAACUUCCUCUUCCUGUCUGGGCAGGAAGUUUGUGUUUGUGUGAAAUCUGUUUGUCGGCUCGGACAGUUUUCAUCUGUUAGUUUGCACUUGAUUGUUGACUUGUACCAAUGCCUCUCAACCUGUAAAUACUUCUUUUGCUAAAGUUUUAUAUAAACAAGGACAUGGACUCAAA